AUGAAGAGAGCGGAUGUGGGAACUUCCCCAGGGUGCGAUGAAUUGCUGAUGAGCCUCAUAAAGGCACUGGGUCCGAAAGCGAAGGAAAGAGUGGAGAACUGUGUCGCUGAGGCGCUGGUGAACGCCAGAAUGCCAGGGGAUUGGAAGCAGAGCAAGGUCAGGCCCCUGUACAAAGGUGCAGGCAGUCCAAGGGACCUAACCAGCUACAGACCUUUAGCCAUAAUACCUGUGCUGGCCACGCAGGUGGUGAAGUCAAGACUCCAGCGGUGGGCAGAAGCCACCGGUGUGCUGGGCGAAUUGCAGAUGGGCUUCCACCAGGGAUGUCGCAUAGAGAACAACCUGUUGAUUCUCACCCAGGGCACUGAAAUGGCGAGUCGGACAGGGAGCCCACUGUAUGUCGCUUUCCUGAAUAUUGCGAAGGCCUACGACUGUGUGGACCAUGAGAUUUUGUGGGCGAUACUUAGAGAGCUAGGCAUGGUGGAAAAGGACCUCGAACUGCUUCAGGCCAUCAACAGUGAUGUAGUGGCAGAGGCAGAAUGGGAGGGCCACAGAACUAGGCAUUUGGCCAUACCUAGAGGUCUCCACCUAAGCUGCCCACUAUGA